CCAGCUGCAGGGCCUUCUCGGUCUGCAGCGCGGGUGGGCUGGGCCGUUGCCGGGCACGCGGCCCAUGAACGUCUCGUACUGGCCUCCCUGCCCAAGACCUCCCAGGCGGUCGCCCGGAGAGGUGAGGGUGGAUCUGCACAGACUGGGUAUGAGGAUUUCUGGCAUGUGACUCAAUCCUCAUUUCUCCCAGCUCCCUAUUCUGCUCUCUUUGGAAUCUGCUGGCCCUGAGUGAUCUGUGAAGAGAGGAGAAAAUGGCCCCCAGGUUCCUGGCAGCAAGACCCUCACAGCUGGUGACAUUCAAGGAUAUGGCUGCAGACUUUGCCCAAGAGGAGUGGCUUCUCAGAGUCACCUGUACAGAGAAGUGAUGUUGGAACUAUGAGAAUCUCAUCUCCUUAGGGCAUCUGCUGUUCAAACUGGAAAUGAUUUUCCAUUUUGAACAAGAAGAUGGUGUAUGGAUGGAGGAAGAAAUGCCAAGAAGCUCCUAUUCAGGUGUCAGGGAUGAGAAUGAUGGGAUUCUCCCUUGGCAGGCAUCUCCAAGAGAAAAACCCUACAGCGGUCCCCAGUGUGGCCAAGACUUCAGGCAGCUCAGAAACCUUCUACUUCACCAGCAAACCCAUACAGGAGAGAAGCCCUCUCCAUGCGAUGGGCGUGGAAGAGCCUUCAGGGCAAGGACAGCAGACCUUAACUUUCCCAGGCUCCUUCCCAGAGAAAAGGCCUACCAAAGCAUGGAGCGUUCCAGAGUAUCCAACUCAGGAUCCACUCUGAGAAGGCACAGGAAGGACCACAUGGGAAAGAAACCUCACACGUGUGAGGAAUGUGGGAAGGACUUCAGCUGCAGUUCCAACCUGUCCGUCCACUCGCGUGUCCACACGGGCGAGAGCCCUUCAGGUGCCGAGACUUGCGACAAGGACUUCAGCUGCAGGGCAGCCCUGCAGACCCACCAGAACGUCCACACAGGAAGCCCCAGGCUUGUGAGGUAUGUGGCCGGGCCUUCACUUUGUGCUCUGCGUUGGCACGACACUGGCAGACCAUGCAGGAGACAAGGCCUAUGUGUGUGACACAUGUGGCUGGGGUUUCAGCCAGAGAGCCAACCUCUACCUGCACCAGCAUGUCCAUACUGGGGAGAGACCAUUCCGGCGUGAGGCCUGUGGGAAGCAGUUCGGCCGGAGCAAGGAUCUGGGCAUCCACCAGAGGUUCCACACGGGAGAGCAGCCCUAGAGGUGUGGGGCUUGUGAGAGGAACUUCAGGCACCAUUUAGCCCUCGGGAGACACCAGAGGGUGCACACAGGGGAGAAGCCCUGUCUCUGUGCCGUGUGUGGGAAGGGGGUUCAGUCAGAGUCCACCUGCAGACGCACCAGAAGGUGCACUGUAGGGAGAGGCUUUUGGGACUGGGCAUCGCCCAGGCCGGUGCCUUCCAGAGCCCGGGGGAAUGCCAGGGCGUGGGUGCUGAGAUGCACUACAUGGAUCAGGCUUAACGGUAUAGGGCAUUUAUUCCUGUUUAGAUGGGAAAGAUGUCAUAAGUAUGCAGGCUGGUAGAUUUUCACAAAGUGAACACACCCGUGUCCAGCACUUGAACUGGAGAAACCAAACAUUUCCAGCUCUUCCUAGAGACGUCUGCUGCUCCCUUCUUCUUGCCCCCCUACAGAGGAAAUCACUCUCUGGACUUCUAAAACCAUAUAUUUUGCAAGUUCUAGAAUAUCAUGUAAGUGGAAUUAUACAGCAUGUAGUCUUUUAUGUAGGACUUAAUUCACUCAGUGUUUGCAGGAAUCACCCAUGUUGUUGCAGGUACUCCUAAGUUCAUCUAUUUUAUUACUUAGUAGUAUUCCAUACAACACAACUGCAGUUUGUCCAUUCGCUUGUUGAUGGACAUUUACAUUUGGGUUGUUUCCAGUUUUUGGCUUUAUAAAAUUGACUUUAUAAAUAAA